AAUGCAGCAGCAUGUUAAACCAUGAUCCUCUACACAGCAGCGCCCCCUGCUGGUCCUGCAGGGUCCUCACAGCCGCGCGGAGGGGCUGUGAUGACGCGCCUCGGCCGCUGGGCGGCACGCGACGUCGACUGGUUGUCUGCAGGCAAAGAUGGCGGUGCGGAAGAAAGACGGCGGCCCGAAUGUAAAAUAUUUCGAAGCGUCUGAUACCGUCUCUCAGUUUGAUAAUGUGCGCGUCUGGCUGGGAAAGAAUUACAAAAAGUACAUCCAGGCCGAGCCCCCCACCAACAAAUCUCUGUCCAGUCUGGUGGUCCAGCUGCUCCAGUUCCAGGAGGAGGUGUUCGGUCGACAUGUCAGCAACCCGCCGCUCACCAAGCUACCAAUGAAGUGUUUCCUGGACUUCAAGGCCGGAGGGGCUCUCUGUCACAUCCUGGCUGCUGCCUACAAGUUCAAGAGUGACCAAGGAUGGCGCAGGUUUGACUUCCAGAAUCCGUCGAGGAUGGACCGAAAUGUGGAGAUGUUCUUGACGAUUGAGAAGUCCUUAGUGCAGAACAACUGUCUGACUAGACCUGUCAUCUACCUGAGUCCUGACAUAGAGCCAAAACUGCUUGGGAAACUGAAAGACAUCAUCAAAAGACAUCAGGGCUCAGUGACUGAGGACAAGGCCUCCAGCUCCCAUGUCGUCGUUCCUAUUCCCACCAGCUUGGAGGAAGAGGAGUGGGUGCGUCCUGUGAUGAAGAGAGAUAAGCAAGUGCUGCUCCACUGGGGAUAUUUUCCUGACAGUUACGACACCUGGAUCCCAGCCAGUGAGAUUGAGGCUGCUGUGGAGGAUCCUCCCAGCCCAGAGAAGCCCAGGAAGGUCCAUGCCAAGUGGAUUUUAGACCUGGACCAGUAUAAUGAGUGGAUGAAUGAGGAGGACUAUGAAGUAGGAGAAGGUUGCCCAAAGAGGAAGAGGAUCUCAGCCAAGACCCUGACAGACGAGGUGACCACACCUGACGAGCGGAGAGACAAGAAGCCUGGCAGUGCCAAGAAGAGGAAACGCUCGCCGUCACCCUCACCCACCCCUCCACCUCAGGAGAACAAGAAGAAGAACACCAAAAAAGGGCCAACAACCCCGUACACCAAAUCUAAACGGGGCCAGAGGGAGGAGGAGCAAGAGGAUCUGGGUAAGGACUUGGAUGAAGCGUCACCUGUCCCAGCAUCUGAAGAGGGAAAUCCAGCUAAGACAAAUAACACUAAGAAGGACUCUGAUUCAACCCCAGUCAAGGGAGGAACAGAUAUGGAUGAGCAAGAGGAUGAGUCCAUGGAAACAACCGGAAAGGAGGAGGAGGAAGGCUCUCCGAGUGUGAAGGGUGAACCAGUGAAAGGCUCGGACCUUCACGAGGACAAUGUGACUGAGCAAACCCACCACAUAAUCAUACCCAGCUACGCUGCCUGGUUUGACUACAACAGUGUUCAUGCUAUUGAGCGCAGAGCCCUGCCAGAGUUUUUCAAUGGGAAGAACAAAUCCAAAACCCCUGAGAUUUACCUGGCAUACAGGAACUUCAUGAUUGACACCUACCGACUGAACCCUCAGGAGUACCUGACCUCCACCGCUUGCCGCAGGAACCUGGCAGGAGAUGUGUGUGCAAUCAUGAGAGUCCACGCUUUCCUGGAGCAGUGGGGACUUAUCAACUACCAGGUGGACUCUGAGAGCCGGCCCACGCCCAUGGGCCCCCCACCCACCUCUCAUUUCCACGUCCUGGCAGACACUCCAUCCAGUCUGGUGCCCCUCCAGCCCAAAACAUCCCAGGUCCACACACAGACUCCUGCUACACAGCAGAUGAUGUCCUUCCCAGAUAAAGUGAAGGAUAAACCAGCAGAUCUGCAGAACUUUGGGCUGCGGACUGACAUGUACAGCAAGAAGACCGGCUCUACAAAGAGCAAGAGCGCAGCGAGCUCCAUGAGGGAGUGGACAGAACAGGAAACACUAUUACUACUCGAGGGCUUGGAGAUGUACAAGGACGACUGGAACAAGGUGUCAGAACACGUGGGCAGUCGUACACAGGAUGAGUGCAUCCUGCACUUCCUGCGGCUGCCCAUUGAAGACCCCUACUUGGAGGACAGCUCCUCGACACUGGGACCACUGGCCUACCAGCCGGUACCUUUCAGCCAAGCAGGAAACCCUGUGAUGAGCACAGUGGCGUUCCUGGCCUCUGUAGUCGACCCACGUGUGGCCUCAGCUGCAGCCAAAUCUGCUCUGGAGGAGUUUUCACGUAUGAAGGAGGAAGUUCCUGCAGCCCUUGUUGAGGCUCAUGUGCGGCGGGUGGAGGAGGCAGCUAGGGUCAGCGGCCGACAGGACCCUCUGUACGGCCUGGAGGGAAGUGGCAUCGCAGGCACCGGCCUGGAGGAGGGAGACAGACCCGAUGAAAGCAGCGAUGAAAGUAAGAGUGACAGCCAAUCAAGUGAAGAGAAGAGGGAGGCCAAGGACAGCAAAGAUGGAGUCACUGAGGAAGAGGAGAAGCAGGCAGAAAACGGAAAGAAAGAAGAAGAGAGAGGAAGAGAACCUGAAGGAGAGAGGGAGGCAGACAAAACUGAGUCAGAGAUGGGUGAUGGAGAGAAGGAGAAGGAUGGAAAAGAGGGAACAGAGGAAGGACAAAGAGAAGGAGAGAGUGAGGUAGAAAGGAAGGCUAAAGUGGAGCGUGAUGUGGGAGAAGGGAAUCUGGCCACCGCCGCUGCAUCCGCUUUAGCUGCUGCAGCUGUCAAAGCCAAGCAUCUGGCUGCAGUGGAAGAGAGGAAGAUCAAAUCUCUGGUGGCUCUGCUGGUGGAGACCCAAAUGAAGAAGCUGGAGAUUAAACUGAGACACUUUGAAGAACUGGAAACCAUCAUGGACAGAGAGAGGGAGGCUUUGGAGUACCAGCGGCAGCAGCUGCUGGCUGACCGUCAGUCUUUCCACAUGGAGCAGUUGAAAUACGCUGAGAUGAGAGCUCGCCAGCAGCACUUCCAGCAGAUUCAGCACCAGCAGCACAGCCAAGCCGGGGGUCCUCAUUCCACCCAGGCUGCAGCAGCCCCGCCAACCCAAGGCCCGACUGCAACUCAGCCAGCUCCCAGCACACCAGCACCGCAGCCGGCCCCCAGCCCUGCACCUCCAGCCUCUUCUGCCCCGGCUCCUGAGUCCCAGCCACCUGCGAGUGCCCACACCUCGCCCCCCUGCCCCCCAGGCCCGGCCAUGGCUGCGCACUCCAGCUCCAGCACUACUCCUGUACUCCAUGAGCCCACCGCCCCGCUCCCCGGGGAAACCCUCCACCCCUCAGCUCCAGUUCCACCUCCGCAGUGAGAAUCUGAGUGACUCUGACCACUUUCAAUCCUGCCUGUAUCAUCUGAAAUGAAGAAGUCAAAAUUGAAGGAAGAGAACACAUUUUACAUUUUCAGCUUUUUUUUUUUUUUUUUUUUUUUUCUCCGACUGGACAAUUCAUGUGAGAAAGAGAAAAAAAUGAUCAACUCAGAAGUCCCUUUCAAAUUGAAUCAAUGCCAGUGAAGAAUACUGAUUUUCAGACAGUUCAUCCGGCGUGGCCGACAGGACAGCAACAUCCCACUUCAUUAUUUUACGCUUAACACCAGAGAUCUGGUGAACUAAGAGGGUCUUAACAAUAUGCUGACACUCGAGGAGAAGAAGAGAAAAGACUCAUCUUGUGUUUUCAGUGUUUUUUUGGAAAUUGUUGCAUUUAUUUCCUGCAACGGUUUGUCACAGCCUGUGAAGUUUUACGCUUCAUAAUCUCUCCAGUGAUCUCCCCCCUUGUACUGUAGGUACUAAUUGAAAUAUAUGUAAGGAAAAAAAAAUGCACUUUUAAUAUGUUUCCCAAGGUCUCAUUGAAAGACUUGAAGCAUCCAUGAAAUUGAACUUUAGCACUUAUAUCGUCAUUUUGUUGUCUUAAAUACUUUUUCAUACUGAAGGUUUUAAAAACUUGAUUGGAAAUGUUACUUUUUUCCUCUCUAUUUUUUAUUUGCAUCACAUGGACAACGGUCACUCUACAGGGUCUGGCCUGAAGGUCACAUAUCUAAAAAAAAAAAAAAAAAAAAAAUGUCUGUGACGAA